AUGGCACAAGUCCUUGCCUCCUCACCUGCUGAACAACACUCUCCAAGCACGUCGAGCAAACCAACGGCUGGCAGCGCUGAGACUUCCGCCCAGAAGCAGCAUGUCCCGAACCUAGCCAAAUUACCAGGGUACAUCAUCGUCCAGGUCCUCGAGAACCUUCUUCCCGAAAAGAUCGAAGCUCAGAUUGCUCAUGGCACAACGUCUUUGCUAUGGCACACGAAAAACACCGAGCCCGUUCGGUGGGAUGUCAAUGGCUACGACGUGCAGCCGAAGCUCACGCUCCUCCUCAUCAUAUGCAAAGACUUGAGUGCUCUCCUUGGGCCCAUGAUCUUCUCACGCAUGGAAGUGGUAGUAACGUGGAUCGGUAACACUCAGAGUGAGGUAUGGCCGCUGAUGCGGGAGCGCCGAGAGGACUGCGCAAGACACAAGGACUUUCAAACCUCGUACGAUCGGGCGCUCAGCAGUGUGCAUCGGAACCUGGUGGAAAAGUAUGACGACCGCGUAUGGGUCAAUGGUGCCGCCCGAGAUCGUGAGCUCGGGUUGUUUCGUGCCGCUCCGCCAGCAGUCGAGGUGGACUGGGACGAGUGGGUGGCGGAAGCGAUGGCCCAGGAGCUCGGCUAUAACUAUGCGCAUUCCGGGGACUGA